AUGUCAUCAUCGUCGACUAAAGAUAAAAUGAUCUAUCGUUAUUUGGGUAGAAGUGGCCUUAAAAUUAGUGUAUUAUCAUUUGGUGCUUGGGUCACAUUUGGAACACAAAUGGGUGAAGACGAAGCGUACGCGUGUAUGAAAACUGCUUAUGAUAAUGGUUGUAAUUUUUUUGACAAUGCUGAAGUAUAUGCAAAUGGAAAAGCUGAAGAAGUGAUGGGAAAUGUUUUACAACGUUUCUUUAAAGAUGAUGGUAUUCAACGAAGUGAUUUGGUUAUAUGUACAAAAAUAUUUUGGGGUACUGCAAAUUAUCAUUCUGCAGCAAAUAAAGCCAAUCUAAAAGGUUUAUCUCGAAAACAUUUGAUUGAAGGUGUUAAAGGAAGUUUGAAACGAUUACAAUUAGAUUAUGUUGAUGUAUUACUUGCUCAUCGUCCUGAUCCUAAUACGCCCAUGGAAGAAACUGUACGUGCAUUCAAUUGGAUUAUUGAGCAUGGUUAUGCAUUUUAUUGGGGUACAAGUGAAUGGUCGAAUGAAGACAUUCGACAUGCAUGUGUUUUAGCUGAAAAAUUAAAUUUAAUAGCACCCAUUGUUGAACAACCACAAUAUAAUAUGUUACAUCGAACAAGAUUUGAAGCUGAAUAUAAUUCAUUGUAUAAAGAUUAUCAAUAUGGUACAACAAUAUGGUCACCAUUGGCAUCAGGUCUAUUAUCAGGAAAAUAUACAAAAGAUUUUGAUAAUAAAGAUAAUCGAUUGGGAAUGGGUGGUUCCUAUUCUUGGUUAAAAGAACAAUUAGAAUCAGGUGAAGGUUUAAAUGGAUUAGAAAUAAAAAAUGUUGAUACUAUUUUGGAUAAAAUUGAAAAACUAAAGCCGAUAGCAAAAAAAUUAAAUGCUACAUUAGCUCAAUUAGCAAUUGCAUGGACUGCCAACAAUCCACAUGUUACAACAGUUAUAACCGGUGCUAGUCGUUCGAGUCAAGUGAUGGAAAAUUUUAAAGCAAUUGAAAUUUUAGAUAAAUUAACACCAGAAAUCAUGGAAGAAAUUGAAAAUGUUUUACAAAAUAAGCCAAAAUUCCCAUUAGAUUGGACAACGAGAAAUUAG